AAGGGCAUAGCAGAUGUAAAGAGUCAGGAACUCUGUACAGGGAUGGUGGGAACCUCUCAUAAUGGGCACAGCAGAUGUACAGAUCUGGGAACUCAGUACGGGGAUGGUGGGAACCCCUCAUAAUGGGUACAGCAGGUGUGCAGACCCAGGAAUUCAGCACAGGGAUGGUGGAAACCCCUCAUAAUGGGCACAGCAGAUGUACAGAUCUGGGAACUCAGUACAGGGAUGGUGGGAACCCCUCAUAAUGGGCACAGCACGUGUGCAGACUCAGGAACUCAGGGAGGCGUGGGUGGAAACCCUUAAAA